AUGUCGCACAUCCCCGGCUCGUCCCCACGGCCGUGCUCUUGGAUUCGGCUAGUGAAGAGAGAUGAAGUUCCCAAGGCCCCUACCAGCAGUGUCCAGUCGGUCGGGAACACCGGUGUCAAUGAUUUAACCUUUACGCCUUUCUCUGGGGCCAAGAGAAUAGACUCCGGCUACGAACCAGGUCCUGGGAGCUCCCAUUCGACGAAAAAUCCAGAACACAUAGCCGUAUAUGCCUACGACAUCAGAGAUCAGCGGAAACCAAGAGUCAACAUGACGAUCCGGAUAGAACAUCACGAUACUUGGAAUCUAACAAACGGAAUCGACUUUAUAAUCCCGUUGUCUACGAGUGGCCAUGAACGUAUCCCAACACUGGACAAACCAAAGGCUAAGUUAUCGGUGGGCAUCUACUCAGAGGCUGGCGUCUACCAACCAGGCGAAAAGAGUGUCAAUAGGAAUGCCCUUGCUAUGGCUAUCUAA